UUGCAAUAAGAAUCGAGGCGUGUCUACGUUCUUACCCAGAACCCGAACAAGGCCAGCCUUCCAGACCGGCCCUGAGUCCGGGUGGGGACACAGAGUCAUUAUUGAGCAUCUCGUUCCUCUGCCCAGAAGGCACCGGAGUCGUCGCCCAGGCCCUCCUCGAAGGGCAUCUCGAAGUCCAUCUCGCUACAGAGCCAAAUUCAGGACCCAGAGAGGAUUGGGACUUAAACAGAAUCUCGCAGGGGUUCGUGUCUAGAGAAACCGAAGGAAUGGACUGGCUCCUUUUCUGGAACAUUGGCCUGUUGAUCAUUUUAACAGUGGUGCUGGAGGUAAACAGUGAGUUUAUUGUCGAGGUGAAGGAGUUAGACAUUGAAAAUGGCACCACAAAAUGGCAGACUGUCAGAAGACAAAAGCGGGAGUGGAUCAAGUUUGCCGCAGCCUGUCGGGAAGGAGAGGACAAUGCCAGGAGGAAUCCAAUUGCCAGAAUUCGAUCAGACUGUGAGAUGAACCAAAGGAUUACAUACCGCAUUUCUGGGGCAGGAAUUGAUCGACCACCUUAUGGAGUGUUCACUAUUAAUCCUCAGACUGGAGAAAUUAACAUCACUUCAGUGGUGGACAGAGAGAUAACUCCACUUUUUUUGAUCUAUUGCCGGGCUCUGAAUUCACGGGGUGAAGAUUUAGAAAAGCCUCUUGAGCUUAGAGUCAAAGUUAUGGACAUAAAUGAUAACCCUCCAGUCUUUACACAAAAUGUGUACUCAGCCAGCAUUGAAGAAAACAGUGAUGCAAACACACUGGUUAUAAAGUUAAGUGCCACCGAUGCAGACGAAGACAAUCAUCUGAAUUCUAAGAUUGCCUAUAAGAUCAUGUCUCAGGAGCCGGCAGGGGCACCAGUGUUCAUCCUGAACAGGUACACUGGAGAAGUCCGCACGAUGUCCAGUUUCCUUGACAGAGAGCAACACAGUACAUAUAACCUCCUUGUGAGAGGCUCAGAUCGAGAUGGAGCUACAGACGGACUGUCCUCUGAGUGCAACUGCAGAAUCAAGGUUUUAGAUGUCAAUGAUAAUUUCCCCACUCUGGAGAAAACUUCUUACUCGGCAAGAAUUGAAGAGAACUGUUUAAGUUCAGAACUGAUACGGUUACAAGCAAUUGAUCUUGAUGAAGAAGGCACUGAUAAUUGGUUAGCAAAAUAUUUAAUUCUCUCUGGAAAUGAUGGGAAUUGGUUUGAUAUUCAAACAGACCCAAGAACCAAUGAAGGCAUUUUGAAAGUCAUUAAGAUGCUGGAUUAUGAACAAAUGCCUAAUAUUCAUCUGAGCAUUGGAGUUAAAAACCAAGCUGAAUUUCACCACUCAGUUGCUUCCCAAUUCCAAAUGCACUCAACUCCUGUGAGAAUUCAGGUUGUUAAUGUGAAAGAAGGACCCGCAUUUCAUCCAAAUUCUAUGACCUUCAGUGUGCGAGAAGGAAUCAGGGGAGAUUCCUUAUUGCAUCACAUGCUCGGCACAUACACAGCUGUGGAUCUGGACACGGGAACCCCAGCGACAAACGUCAGGUAUAUCAUAGGACAUGAUGCAGGCAGCUGGUUAAAAGUAGAUUCAAGGACUGCUGAGAUACAGUUUUCUAGGGAAUUUGAUAAGAAGUCAAAAUAUAUUACCAAUGGGCUGUACACAGCAGAGAUCCUGGCUAUAGACGAUGGUUCUGGGAAAACAGCAACCGGAACUAUAUGUGUCGAAGUUCCCGAUGCCCACGAUUACUGUCCAGUCAUUCUUGCUGAAAGUGAAACCGUCUGCAUCGCCUCCCCAUCCACCCUCAUCUCUGUGAGAAAUGUCAACGAUCACUCUUACGGGGCUCCCUUCACCUUCUGCGUCGUAGACCAGCCGCCGGGGACAGCUGACUUAUGGGAUGUCAGAUCCGUGAAUGCUACCUCUGCCAUCCUGAUGGCUCAGCAGCCUCUGUACCCCACGCUGUACCACAUCCCCAUCCUAGUGAAGGACAGCUACAACAGGGCAUGCGAGCUGCCCCAGACCGUGCAGCUGCAGGCCUGCGACUGUGAUUAUGACCACACGUGCUUUUACGCUAGUACCAUGGGCCUCGACACGGGCGUCACCAGUGACACUGAGGUGCUUGCCACUGACGACCGGGUUGGGGGUUCAAACGUCAGUCUGGGCCCGAUGGGCAUCGGCAUGGCUGCUCUGGGCCUCUUACUGCUGCUUCUGCUGCCGCUCAUGCUGCUCAUGUGCUGCUGUAAGGGAAGACAGCCGGAAGGCCCGGGGACCAGGUUCGCGCCCGUGCCAGAUGGGGGAGAAGGCGCCAUGCAGCCCUGGGGGACAGAAGGGGCCUGCCCCGAGGACCCGGAUGUGUCAAAUAUAUGUGCAUCUACGAUGGCCUCUAACACCCAGGAUCGUAUGGAUUCCUCUGAGAUCUACACUAACACCUAUGUGGGCGGAGGAACGGCUGAAGGUGGUGUAUCGGGUCUGGGGACAGCCACUGCCCUGGUGGCCAGAGGAGCAGGGGCAGCAGCGUGGAGAGGGGCCGCCACGGCAGGAGACCACUGGGAAUGCGUGGACACCGGCCUGAACAUGGCUUUCCUGGACAGCUACUUCUCAGAGAAAGCCUAUGCUUAUGCAGACGAAGACGAAGGCCGGCCAGCCAACGACUGUUUGCUCAUCUACGACAGCGAGGGGGCCGGGUCUCCCGUUGGCUCCAUCGGCUGCUGCAGUUGGAUCCUGGACAACCUAGAUGACAGUUACAUGGAAACUUUAGAUCAGAAAUUUAGGACUCUUGCUGAAAUCUGCUUAGACAGAGAGAUUGAACCAUUUCCUUCACAGCUGGCCUGUAUCCCCAUCAGUACCGACCUCCCUUUGUUUGGGCCCAAUUACUUUGUCAACGAAUCUUCAGGAGUGACUCUCUCAGAGGCCGAAUUCCAGGCAGAAAUGGCAGCACCAGAACCUGUGGUUCCUGAGGACAUUGUCGUGACCGAGACGUACACCACCACUGACCAGUGUGUGCACCCCACUACGAUUGUUUUCGAUCCCCAGCUUGCACCCGGUGUUGUAGUGACGGAAACGCUAAUGGCACCUGUCUAUGAAGUCCACGGGAACAUUUGUGUACCUGCUGAGCUCGCCCACACACACAAUGUAAUCUACACGGAGAGAGUGCUGUCUGGUCCUGCUAUGCCCGACAUGGGCAGCAGCAGCUUAGCUGAUGGUUGUAUAGGACCUCUGAUGAGUGGCAGUAUUUUGGUAGGGCCAGAAAUUCAAGUGACACAAAUGGUGAGUCCAGACAUUCACAUAAGCCAAACCAUUGGUUCCACAUCACCAAUGACAUCUCAACAGAGAGUGACACAGUAUAGCAACGUGCAUUACUCCCAACAGUAAGCAGUUGGUGGUCAGUACUCUACAUGGAGACCUUGCACCUUGUAAUCACCAAAAGAUCCAUCAAAAAUGUAUAAUGUCCUAGAGUUAACAUUUUAACAGUCAACAAAUAUUCAAGUAUUCUAAGGUUAAUAUCACUUUGAUGGCAACUUUUUGAGGGUAACUAUGGCUAAGCACUUUCGAUCAGCCUUUUUAAAUUCUUUCCGAUUUUAAAUAGUGUGCCAAAAAACUUGAAGAAAAUGUGUUACAUCUUUAGAUACUGUCUAAUCAAUAGCACAUAACUCACAGGGAAAUCUUACAGGUUAUGGGCUGGUAGAACGGGUCAUGGAAACCAAAUACUCUUGCUCUUGAGGUGGCAAAACAAGUCUUGUCUGCAUUCACCAGUCAAAUUUAGCUGCAGAGAUAUAGUUCUAUUAAAAAUUUUCAUUAAAUAGGUAAAUGAAAUGUAUGUUUCUGAAAGGAAAUUGAAAAGGAAGUUGGAGCAUCCAUCAUUAGAGACCAUUUGUCCCUUUAAAUGGUUCCUCAAGAUAUACAAUAUUUAGGAUAUGCACCACUGCAAAUUGUCCCUCAAAAGGAAUUAUAUAUAUGUGUAGCUAUACAUAUACACAAAUCAAUAGGAUGAAUUUUUAUUGCACUUCACUGAUUUAUAUCACUAACUGUAAAUCAAUCUAGAAUAGCAACAGAAUUAUGACACUACAGUAGAAGCAGUUCUUAGGGGAAAUAUUAGAACUUUCCCCCUUACAAAGAUUUUUUUCUCUACUCUUAUUAAUUAUGUCAGAAAGCCAUAUGAAAUAUGGUUUAGUCAGUUUCAUUGACCUGAGUCAUAGAGAUUUCAUCUGGCAACCAGAUAGUCCCCAAAAGCACCUCUGUAAUUAUGCAGAUAUUCAACAAUGUAUUUACUUCAACAAUAUUUACUUAGAAGAUACUAUGUGUUGAGUGCUGGUCUGGGCUCUGUGGAUAUUCAGGUGAAGAAGACAGAUAUUAUUCCUGUCUUCAUAGAACUUCCAGUUGAUUCUAGACUUAAAACUCUGGAGAUAUGGCUUUGAGCUUCUAUCGAGAAUAAUUAACAAAGUAUUUAAGUCCAUUACCAAGCUGUGCUUCUUUUUUUAACUCUGCUGCUUGUGUUGAAUGAAUGAUAUGGAAACAUGCAGCAACUGCCUACUUUUAGUAAGCAAAAAGCGACUUGAGAAAAAGAAUUUCUAGCAAGAUGGUUUUAUUUAACUCUGUAAAAUAUGUAAACUACAUAGUUGUAAUUAUAAUGUGACUGGGAAGAUAAUGUAAAGGGAAUAAAUUUAUUUUAAGUCGUA